ACAGAUCAUAAUCAUUCACUAAUUAGGGUCCUUUUUUUUUACAAAAAUUUUAAAUUUAUUUUUAUGACCAUAAUGAUACAAUUUCAUAAAAUUGAUAAAUUAAUAAACUUUCUUAGUCUUUAUAACUUUAUAUCAACUGGGUAAUUUUUAGAAAUUUUUCUUUUUUUAGAUUUGUAGAUUUUUUUUUUCUUUGGGAUGGGUAAAGGUGGAGUUGUGUUUUUUGUAUUAUUAUUGUUGCUUGUGACCGGUUUUGGUCGGUUUGAUGCGCGUAAAUUAGGUGCGGUUUCUGAUCCGAAUUCAAAUCAGGAUUCUCAAUUAUCUUCUCCAACAUCCAAUGAGAAAACGAAGCCAAAGGAUAGUCCAAAUACAAGUCCCUUAAAUGUGGAAUCAAAAAAUUUAAAUGAUGGAAGUACCAAAAAAAGUUCAAAAAGCUCUGUUGAUAAGAAAGAAGAUAAGAAAAUUCAAGAUAGUAAAGAGAAACUAGAAGAUCAGAUGCAGUUGAAAACAUUUGACAGCAAAAAGUGCAAAGAGAAAUUGAUAUGCAGUGACCAGGGAAAAACCUUGACCACAUGUGUUAAAGAUUUUGAAGAUGGUUCUGACAAGUUGACACUUCUUGUGCAUAAUGAACAAGACGCUGACCUAAAAGUGAAUAUCACGUAUGGAACAUUUAAGGAUCUGCCACCUUUUGGGAUACCCGGCCAUGGGACUAAAGAGGUUAACAUUACAUACUCUGGAGAUAAAAAUACCAAAGUUAUUCUAAACGCUGGAAGUGGGAGUUGUGAGCUUCAGAUUAGUCAACCUAAGAAUACACUUGUCAACAGUCCCCCAAAGUCUAAGGAAACUGAAAAUAUUUCAGAUCCGAAAGAUGUCGAUAAUCCAGCUGGCAGCCCCACAAAUCCCAAAGAUGUCAUAGAUCCUGCUAAGUCAAAAACUGAAAACGAUCUUUUAAAAGAUAAAAAAGUAGACAGCCCUGCAGAGCCUAACGAUGUUGAUGAUGCUAAAAAGCCCAAAGAUGUUGACAGCCCUCCAAAGUCACUGAAAGACGACCCUGAAAAGUCAUCGAAAGACGUUGAUGACCCUGAAAAGUCACCUAAGGAUGUCAAUGACAAUGCAAAGUCAUCGAAAGACGUCAAUGAUCCUUCAAAGUCAAAGGAUGUCAGUGACCCCCCAAAGUCGAGCGACGUCAAUGACACUUCGAAGUUAAAGAAAAAGAACGACUCUUCAAAUUCAAAAGACGACAAGGACCCUUUAAAGUCAAAAGAUGACAUCUCAAAGCCAAAUGAUGUCAAGGACCCCUCAAAGUCGAAAGAUGAAAAUGAUCCCCCUCCUAAGCAUACACCAGCUAGUGUGGAUAGUCGCAUAUCGCAGAACAACUUUCUUGAUCAGUUAACGUUCUAUUCAAAGCAAGUAACACCAAUAUACGGAGCUUAUAUUGCUUUUCUUGUAGCGCUAGUCGUCGGGGCUUCAUGGGCUUUAUGCAGCUUCAGAAAAAGGAGAACGGACAAUGGAGUUCCAUACCAGGAACUCGAGAUGGGCCUCCCAGAAUCCUCAAAUGCAGUCAAUUUGGAAACUGCGGAGGGUUGGGAUCAAGAUUGGGAUGAUGAUGAUUGGGAUGAAGACAACGCCAUAAGAUCACCAGGUGGAAAUCUUCACAGUAAAAGUAUCUCGUCCAAUGGGCUUACUUCACGGGCCACGAAGAAAGACGAUUGGGAUGCCAACUGGGAUGAUUAGCUCACUGAAAUAUACGAAGAAUAGAUACAGAAGAUGGAUGUAGGAUAAAGAUGGUGUACGAUAGAAGUUUUGUUCUCAUUUUGAUUAUUUUUUACAUGUUCUGAAAUAUCUGAAUUUUGUGUUGGUUGUAAGUUGAUGUCAAUCUCUCAUACAAAUUCUUUACAAAAUACGCCAUUAAAGAAUAAUGUGCAGUUUCUCUUAGUUUGGUUAUGUGGUUUUGUAAAAAAAUAUAGAAACCAACUGGGCAACGAGGUUUUGGUUACAAUUUUCGGCAUUUAUGAUUCUUUUUGUAAUAGAUAUGUUGUUUACUUGGUUAUAUUUUGCA